AGCUGCUCUGUUUUUAUUAUUACAUUUAAUUCCCCCCGCGGCGCAAGGGAAGGCGAAGGGAAGUCGCAGCAAAACAACGUGUGCACAGAUGUUGAUGGUCUCGUAUUACAAAAGCGGAACACCCCUCAAUUCAAUCUUGGACACUUGGAGUGACGAAAAGCGACAGCCCAAUUUAAUUUGUCUUGGAGAAGACAAGAAGAAUUUGGUAUCUUUUUUCCUUGUAGUGGACAAAAUACUUCUUCCUAUUGACGCGACAAAUUCCACAGAAGCCAUUGAUCGUUUAUUCAAGUCACACUACGUUUUUUCUGCGGAAUACGACAAGAAUUUGCAGGGAGUCUGGAAAUUUUUGCAAGUAUUCAUCUAUAAAAUUGAUGUCGACAAAACAGAUCUCUCAAGGAAAAUCAAGCAAGUCUCAUCACAACUGCACGGGAUUCUAGCGGAAAGCAGAUUGGAAUAAUGUUUAUUUGUCCAAGGUGUCAGAAGUUAAUUUUAGGGGUUAGUGAGUUUCACGACCAUAUUAAGUUUACACAUAAUAUUACACAUAUAAAUUUUACUAAAUCAAUUUGUCCUUAUGACGGGUGCAAUGUAGAAAUAUUUACUUGGAGUGGGUAUCUACGUCACUGUAAAUCUCACGAGAUAAGUUUACAACAGGAGAAUAUACAAAGUCUUAAUAAUAUUUUAGAAUCAAAUUCAAAUGAGACAACCAAUUUGGAAGACCCAGAGGUUUUUGAAAACAUUACUGUUGAUACUUGUAUUGAAGUAAUUAUUGAUAGUUUAGGCAACUUUUGUGCGUCUUUGAUGGCGAAGGGUGUGAAUAAUUCCGUCGUAGAUUUUGUUGUCAAAGAUAUGGAGUAUUUAGUUACAGAAAUUAUUGAUGUAAUUUGUAGAUUAGGAACGCAAACAUUUAGUAACGAAUUUAAUCCGUUAGGAUCUCAAAUACGUACCCUCUUGUCGGGUUUCGGAAAAGUACGUUCUGGUUAUCAGCGACAAAAACUUUUUGAGAAACGGGACAAAAUUAUCUCUCCUGUCGAAAUUAGUUUAGGUAACAGAACUGAGGUUAAUGUAAGAAAUAACAAACGCCAACAAGUAAUUGUUGAGGAUACUUUUAUGUAUGUUCCUCUUCUUAAAACACUCGAAAAAAUAAUUAGAACUCCUGAAUUGUUUCAAUAUUUCAAGACACAAAACUCAGAUGACAAAAUUAUAAGAAAUUUUGCAGACUCAGAGUCUUUUAAAUCUAAUAAUUUAUUUUCAAUUUAUAAGAAUGCCAUUCAAUUGCAAUUAUUUUAUGAUGACUUCGAGACAGUCAAUCCUUUGGGGUCAAAAAAAGGCGUGCACAAACUUGGUGGUAUUUAUUUCAUUUUACGAAAUUUUCCAGACUUUUUAAAUUCUCAACUUUCACAAAUUCAUUUACUCGCUCUAUUUUACAGCGAGGAUGCUAAGAAAUAUGGAUUUAAUGCUAUUUUAAAUCACAUUCUUCCUGAUAUCAGAAUUUUAGAAAUAACGGGUAUAUUAAUUGGACGGGAAAUAUUUCGAGGAACAAUUUGCUCUGUAGUUUUUGAUAAUUUAGGCGGGAAUUCCUUAUUGGGAUUUACAGAAUCAUUCAAUUCAAACUAUUUUUGUCGUAUUUGCUGUAUUUCCAAGACAGAUUGUCAGAACCAAUUUGAUCACACAAAAAUGUCUAUUCGUAAUUCAGAAAAUUAUUUAGACCAUUUAAACUCAAAAACAUUUGGGGUUCAAAGUCCAUGCGAAUUGAACACUUUAAAAUAUUUUAACUUUUUAAAUACCCCUACGGUUGACAUAAUGCAUGACCUUCUGGAGGGGGUGGUUCCAUACGAGAUUAAAUUAGUUUUGCAAAAAUUAAUUUGUGUGGGGUGCUUUGACCUUGAAACUGUGAAUCAUAGGAUUUUGGCGUUUGACUUUGGCUACUUAGAAUCAAAAAAUAAACCUAACCCUAUACGUCUUGAUGGGAAAGGAAAUAAAAUUGGGCAAAAAGCGGCACAAACUUGGUGCUUAAUUAGAUUUCUCCCUAUUAUUUUAGGUGAUUUAAUUAUCACAGAUGAACAUUUAAGAUAUUGGGAGUUAAUUUUGCAAUUACUUAAAUGCAUGAGCAUUAUAUUUUCCAGAAUAUUUACAGAGACUUUAAUUAAUAAGUUAGAAGUUGCAAUUUCAAAACAUCAUAACCUUUUUAAAACUCUUUUCCCUAAUAAUAACUUAAUUCCUAAGCACCAUUUUAUGGUGCAUUAUCCAUAUGUCAUAAAACAGUCAGGCCCGUUAUUAUCUCUUUGGACAAUGCGGUUUGAGGGCAAGCACAAUUAUUUUGCCCAGAUUGCGCAUAAUAUUAGAAAUUUCAAAAAUAUUUGCCUGUCUCUCGCAGUGAGACACCAGCAGUAUAGUUCUCGUGUUUCUAAAAACAUUGAAUUACAUUUUGGUUUAAAAACAGAUGAAAUUUUUAAAAUUAAUUUAUCCGACUAUGACGACUCUUUUGAUAUAAUUGAAUCACUAAAUAUAUUUUUAUGUACUCAGACCUUGUGUGGGAAGAAUGAAAUGUUAAGUACAAAUCAAAUAUGGUACAACGGUUAUAAUUAUAAGCGUAGCUUUAUUGUGUGUUAUGAGAUGGGAAAUGUUUUCCCAAAGUUUGGCCAAAUUUAUGAAUUUAUUUUAUACGAAUCAAAUACUUGUCUAUUAAUUCUUAAAGUGCUGGACACCGAGUAUUUUGAUCGGCAUCUGUUUGCCUAUAAAAUUAAGGAGACGGAGAAUAUUUUUAAAGUAGUCAAUGUAAAUAAUCUAAUUACUCAUGAUGCCAUGGAGUUGAAGCAUAAUUGCAAUGUUGCUGGAAAUUUCGUGAUUUCGAGACAUUACUUGUAGUAUUUAGAUAAGUGGUGUAGUAUUAAGAAUUUAGCUGUAAAUUUUGUCAAAUAACAUGUUAAUUAAUAUUUGGGUGCAUAUUUAUUUAU